GAACGCGCAGAAGGCGGCACCCAUCAGCACCGAGGACGUCGAGCCUUUGGAUCCUGAACACGGCUUCAAGGCCGCACGAGCCGCUGCCGCCCAAAUCCACGAGCUCCUGGAUAAGUUGAAGAAAGCGAAGCAAGCUACCGCCGAGCAAGAUGGCUUCGACGCCUGCAGUGUGGACUUGCAGAAACAGCUCCUGAGCUUGAGGCGCGCGCACAGAGCCAUGAUCAAAUUCUCAGAAACUCGGCGAUUGGCAGAGGUCGCCGCCCGGAAGCUCACAGAGACGGAGUAUACAAACAUGCAGACGCGGAAGUACGAGAGUGCCGUAUGCCGAAUGGCUGCUGGCAGGUGCCGGUAUUUUCCGACUCCUGACUUGGACAAGCUGCGCCCUCUCAUCGACGGCUUUCAGGUGGGGACAAAGUGA